AUGGGCGACGUCGCAGUGGAGGUCGACAUCGACCACAAAUCAGACCUGUUGAGCUCUCAGAUCUUGCACUUCAUUCACAACCACCCAUCAGCCGUCUCGCUCCGCGAGGAUCCCGCAGUAAGUGAGGUAGAGCUGCGCCUGGACAUCCCUGAUGAAGAGCGCCACCAGAACCUGAUGACCGGCGCCCUCGCCGGCCCAAAAAAGCUUAUCAUGUCGCCGUUCCUGUUCCGAAACGCGGAGGAGCGCAGCAUGGUCAUGUUCUUUUAUGUUGGCAGCGGGGUCUGCGGCCAUCCCGGAAUCGUACAUGGAGGGGUUUUGGCGACGAUUGUAGACGAGGGAUUGGCGCGGUGCUGUUUUCCUCAUUUGCCGAAUAAGGUCGGUGUUACGGCGAAUUUGAAUAUCGAUUACAGAGCGCCAGCUAUGGCGAACAGUUAUAUCGCCUUCAGGGCUGCAACGACCAGGGUCGAGGGGAGGAAGGCGUGGGUUGAGGGGGAGGCUAGAGACGCUCCCGGUUGA